AUGUUAUCAACAGUUUGUAUUAAAAUAAGAUCAAGAAAAAGAUCAGAUGAACCGAUGCUUUUAUGUAAAAAUGUUCCCAAAUCAAGUAUAAAUUCAUUAAAUCAAUUUAAUGAUGGUUCAUCGAAAAUAUUAUUUGCAAAAGAUUUUAAAAAUGCUAAUGAUAAUAUUAUGGAUUAUUUUGAAGAAGACAAGGAUUCAAAGAUAUCUAAUAAUAUUAAUCAUCCACCUAUACCGCCCCCACAAAAUCAAAUUAAUGGUAUUAAAACUGAUUAUACAAAUGGAUAUGGAAAUGGAGUUGCCGGAUAUAAACCAGUUAAACCUUUGACUACGAUUUCUCAUAUGAAUAGUGACCAGUUUUUAAAACCAAAUGAUAUAACAUCACAUUACAAGCCAACUGAGCAAAGUAUAAAUUCUAAUUCAAAUACAGUGCAAUCAAAUAAAAUCAAUGGAAACUUAGCAGAUACACAAAAUAUGAAUUCACAAUCUCAACAACAGUUUGGUUCAAAUAAAGCAACUCCAUCUUUUCCAAUUUUAAGUGCUGGAUAUCAAGCAUUAACUGAUUCAAAUUCAAUUAUUAAUGACGAAAGAUCAAUGUAUUUAAAAACAAAUUCUCCUCAUGACUCUGUACGGUUACCAAACGAAAAUAAUUUAAAUGGUAAUUAUAAUGAUGCACAAAAUGAUAAUGAUUUCGUAGCGGCAAUGCCACCAGAUGAUAUUUCAUCAAAUUUAGAAAAACCUAUUCAAGCUCUCAAAUUAGUUAACAGUAGAGUUUUCAAAUUCAAUCAAAAUAUGCCAAGUUCAAAUUUUAAUUACAUACCAAGUAUGAACGGAAACAUGAAUGAUGAUGAUGACCUUUAUAAUUCAGCGCGUAAUUUUGAUGAAGAAACCAAUUUACCAUCUAUUAAUUAUGGUAAAUUUUUUAAUGAAGCUGGAAAUCAAAAUGUAAAGGCUAGAAAUUGGUUUGCUAAUUUACAAGGGAAUUUUCAAGUGCAUGCUACAAAACCGAAUCUUGAUAGAUAUUAUAACAGUUAUAUACCAAAUUAUAAUAAUUAUAAUAAUUUUGGCAGUGGUAUUGGAGGUGGUUUCGGACAUCACAAGUAUGGUUUCAAUAAAUAUGGUGGAAAUAGUGGUUAUCGGUCAGGUGAUUUUUUGCCAGAAGAAAAAGGAAAUUUUAAAAAUGUACUAUCGUAUUUAAAUGGAGAGCGUCCGCUAAAUAGUUACAAUUCAUACAUUCCUGUCAAACAUGAACAUUAUCACCUUGAUGGUUAUAAUUAUAUAAAACCGAGUGUUCAAAGUAUUCCGAACCUUUCAAUAAAUAAACAAAAACCUUUACAUGGAUAUGCGCCUUAUGGCUAUAAUAUAGAAAAUAUUGAACAUAUUGAAAAUAUUGGAGAUGUUUCAACAAAACCUUGUUCUCAAAAUGUUCUUGUAAGUUGUGAACCAAUUGUUACUAGCACAUAUUUAUCUGGAUGCAAUGGAAAUGAAGCAACAUAUCACGGCAAUAGCAUUCAAAAGGGUCUUCACGAUAAAAGUAUGGGUGGUAAUAUUCAUAAGCAACAGCAACAUCAUCAACAAGAAAUCAAGCAGUAUAAUAUUCAACAUAGUAAUCUAGAUAAUAAAUUGAAUGGACAACAACAACAACAGGAACACCAUGAUCAAUACAAUCAAAAGCAGCAUAAUGGAUACUAUUAUGUCAAGCAUGGUAAUGAGGUUCAUCGUCAAGAACAACAAGACAAUGAACAUCUUUAUAAUAAGCAUUAUCAGCAGCAACAUAAUGAAUAUCAUAAACAACAACAAGAAAAACAACAAAACAAUGGAAUUUAUACACAGGUACAUCAAAGUGGUAUACAAAAUGGACAACAAAAUUCUCAUAACCAUCAAAAUGUUAUGAAAACUAUUGAAAAAGUUUAUGUAACUAAAAAAAUUAAUGGUGAUGAAACUGUUUCCAAAAUAAAUCCAGGCUCUUCAAUUUCAACAAUUUCAUCAAUAUCUAAUGUUGAAACAUCAGAAAAACGUCCUAUUUCAAAACAAAAAACAUACAUUACAACUCAUACAACACAAACAACUAGGAAAUCUAGUAGCAGUAGUGGAAAUUCAAAUGGAAAAACAAAUCAAAAAAAUUCCGUUUCUUCAGUUAUGAUGCGACCUGAUAUAGCAACAAGUAGCAGUACAAUAUCACAAACAUUAGCAAUACCGAACUUUAAUACAACACCAUUCCAAAAUCGUUAUUCAUCGUCUUAUUCUGCAAUCAAUGACGCAAUUCAAUCUGAAAAAAAUAAUGAUUUAAAGGAUAAUGAAGAUGAUGAAAAAGACGAAGAGGAUGAAAAAGGCGAAGAUGAUGAAAAUGUCAAAGACAAAGAAAGUUCAGAUAGAAAAACAAGAGUUGCAAAAUCUGAUGAAUAUUUAUUUUCUAAUACGGAAUCUUCAACCGAGAUUUUUCCUAAUAAAAUUACUGAUAAUGCUGAUAAUGAUAAAAAUUCUUCUAUUGAUUAUGAUAAUGAUGAUGUUAUUACACCGGAAGAAGAAAGAAUCAUUUAUGAAAUGCUUAAAAAGAAAUUUGAGUAA